CGGCCAAGCCCCUUUGGAGCAGGUAUUGUAACUCUGUACUCUGUACUCGGCAGGUACUUGCUGUUUGGUGGGAGGCGCCCUACAGAGCCAGGUCACUCCUCACUUACUUUGAUUGUUGUUGGUUCCUCCUAGUCCUUGGGAGGAAUCGUAUCUACUCCGUACCCAGCAGGUAUCCGUUGUAGGGGGUGCUGGGCGGGGAGACACCAGCGAGUGACUUUGGUGCUACAAGGCUACAAACUCCUUACCAAGCCGCCGCCGCCGCUUCUCCUCUGGCCCGAACGACGCCCAGCACGGCAGUCACCUGACCGGCUUUUCUUCCCUUCCCAUUCCCUUUGCUUCCACACCGACUCUUUUUUCUUCUUCUCCUCCUUGUCUCAUUUUCUCUCUCCUCCUCCUCUUAACUUCCCUCUCCUCUCCUCUCCCAGCCUCCGAUCUGCUUUUUGCCGCUUCCCAUCCCAACCUCAACUUAACCGUUUCUUUGUGUAUUCUUCUGCUGCUUCUUCUUCUUCUUCUUCUUCUUCUUCUACUUCUUCUUCUUCUACUUCUUCUACUUCUUCUACUACUACCUUUAUUCGAUAGUUAAUCAUCCUCUUCUUCUCUUUAAUUCUUCUGUGUUGUGUGUGUUGUCAAUCACAGAUCAACGUUCCGACUCCUCGCCCCUCCCACACAACAACGGCACUCCACAACCACCACCACCAACAACAACGGCUUCCCCCAACACCCAGCAAAAAUCCAUCUUACAUCAACAAGCCCUACUGAUCGAUCUGCCUGCUACUAUACCAUUCGAGGCUUUACUGGCUAAUAAACGAAUUUCCAAUUCGCUCUUCCUGGAUGUAAUCUCGUUGUUCAGCCUGUAACCAAUCACAGCCACAACACCAUGUCGUCCUAUUUCUUCUCGCCACAACAGCACCACCAUGCUGCCAGCCAGCAUCAAGCACUCCACCAUCACCAGCAGCAGCAGCAGCAACAACAACAACAUCAACAACAGCAGCAGCAGCAUCCUCCUCCUCCAACUUCUCACACAGCCGCCUCCGCGUCCAAUGCUCACCACGGUAGCGGCGGUGGUGGCCGUCGCAGAGGCCCCAAGAUGUCUGGACACAAUAAUCCCCAGAGGCAGUUCCGUGGCGUCAAGAGCAUGAGGGAGCUGGCUGAGGCCCCCGCUAUAACCGCCUUCCGCGCGCGGUUCGAGGCUGGCCGUUCCUUUGAUCUAGACGAUGACCUGGAGUUUUGUCCCGGUUUGUUGACUGAGGAUGAUCUCCAAUCCAUCCAUUCCUAUGCUUCAGACCGGUCCUCCCUCGCCAGCAUCUCGCCAGACUCCUCCCCACUCCAACAUCAGAUCCAACCUGCUCAACAGGUCACACCAUCAAUCUCCCUAUCCCCCGCCUCCCUCAACAAGUCCUCUGUGUUCUCUUCUGCUUUCGGUAACAGUCUUCAUCACAUGAAGCUUCACCAGCCCUCUGCGGUCCGUACUAGGAAUGCUAUUCCCAUCGUCAAUCCAAGUACGGGCAUGCGGGUCUCAAGUCCACCAGGCAGCCAACCGAGAUGGUAGUUACUCCAGAGAAAGACAAGACAAGAAAAAAAAAUAUCAAAGGAAAAAAAAAUCGAUAAAAACAGCCACCAAUUCAUCUCUCCGUCCGCUCAGUCGAUCAUGCCAUUUACGCCAAUCAUUUGUUCAUUCAUCCAUCCAUCCAUCUUCCUUUCUUUCUUUCCUCGAUUCCUUCGUUGGCUCUUCUGUCCGUCUUGUGUGUGUCACCUCGAUAUCCAGCGAGCCUUGAGAAUCCGGCCCUCUUGUUCGUUAGUAACCUACGCUUCCUUGGUCCCGACCGGACCCCACUCCGAACCCUCUACUCUGUUAACGACCUAAUUCCUCUCUGCUUCAUUUGCGAAAACGAACAAGAAAACGAGAACAGUGUCGCCGUUCGAUCGAAUCCUAGUAUAUAAUUUUGUUUACUAUUGUUUCUUAUCGACCCCGACUACGAUUGCGACCAAACACCCAUCGUCAUCGUCGCCGUCUCCUAACUUUUUAAACCUUUCUCUUUGUUUUAUCUGACGUUUUCCGGAUCAUCCUGGUGAUAACCAUGUACCAUCCUCACGAUUUUAUAAACCCGGAUAUUUCUUUGGUUUUUACUUUACUUUCUUUUCUUCUUUGGAAAGCGACGGCGUCCUGCGGAGCGGAAUUCCCCCUACCUUUUUUCUUAACCUUCUAAUAUAUACAUACUUUCACACACCUCUUCCCGGACGGAGCGAACCAAGGAACGCCAAAAUACGAAAAAAAACAAAAGCAAAUCUCACUGGUCUUGCGAAGAAAGGAAAAAAAAGGUGUCUUUUGGUUAAUUUAAAAAGGGCGCCAUAUCAUGAUGACAUACAUAUAUAGAACCAUCGACCAGCGAAAACGUUUAUUUAUUGGCAUCGAGUUUUUCUUAUCAUUUUGUCACAUAUAUAUCCAUUUUCAUUCUGUCUAUGGAGAGAAAGAAUGGAUGGAAUUUGGGAGGAUGGAAUUGGCAUGAUUUUACGAGUGUUGAGAGCGGAGUUUUGAUUUUUGUUUUGUUUUAUUUUUAUUUUUAUUUUCUCAUCUUGUCUUACCUCUUGACUGACUGAUCAUCUUUCGUUGCGUCUGGUUUUCCUUCUGAACCUUUUUGUUUAUUUUUCACAUUUUUCGCAUCUUUUGUAUCUUUUUUUUUUUUUUUGAUCCUUUAUUUUGCACCAUAUACACACCUCCUCUACUACGGAUUUUGGAUCCUUGGGAACUUGGAACUCGGGGUUUAUUUUUGGCUUUGGGUCGGCGUGUAUGUUGAUGUUGGGUGAGGGUUUUUUGUCGUGUCACUGAACUGGGCUGGACCGGCUGGGUGGUGCAUGUGUGCAUGUUCUGAUCUGUUGUUGCAUGGCAAAAAGCCUCCUUUUCCUAACUGCAUUCUGAUAUCCAGAGUUUAUUAUUUGUCAUCGGGUUGGGUUUUUUUUUAUUAUUUUUUAUUUUAUAUACAUACAUACAUAUUUUCUUGUUUUCGUCCUGGGCUGGUUGGUGAGGGGGGGUUGCUUUUGUUUGGGUAUAUAUACUCCGUAUAUAUAUAUAUAUGGCUGCUGGUGAGGGCCACGCAAUUGGUUUAUAUUGUCUAACAUGGUCAAUCUACGGGGGUUAAAUUCCUGUCCUGUUGUUGAUGUGUGUUAGCGGGAACUGUUUUGGUUGGAUGAAUCGUAUAUAUUGUUAAAUACAUACAUGUUCUUAUUUUUAUUUGAUGAGUUUUUAUUUUUUCUAUUUUUCUAUAUAUAUAUUUUAUUUUCUCCAUCUAAAUGUUAUGAUGUCCUUUUUCAAUAUCUAUUGGCAAAAGAUAAGAGAGACACUGGAAAUGUUUGCAUGAGAAAUUAACAAUAUGGUGGGCGAGGGAGGUUAUACUACGUUUUUAUAUUCUAAGAUUGUGAAAAAUAAAAUGCAAUCAAGGGGGUAGUAAAGUAAUUAGGCAUUUUAAAGAUAACAACAAACUAUGCAACCUCCUAUUUCCAUUUCUUUUUAUUAACACA